CUUCCCCCUGCGCACAACCUCUCCCCCCUUUCUCUCCUACGCACAUCAUUCUCUUUCUUUCUUACGCAUAAUCGAUCGACUUCACACAGGCCAUCACCGUCGACUUCGCCCUGCGCACCAGAUCGACUGAGUUCUCGCUCAUGCUGGCGAUUUCGCCGCUGCCAUUAAGGAUAUUGUUCAAUGGAUGCAACAAAGUUCCUGCAAUGCACAAACGCAUGGUAAACCCACUAUAAAUAUACAAGUAAAUGAUUUAGGAGAUCAGAGCAAAAGACGGACCAAAACAUAAAGCAGACUAUGCAACGGGAAGAGUUGGGUUUUUACGAAAAGAGGGCGAUUGUUGGAGCAAUUAAUACUAAAGCCAUCAUAAAGGGAAGAGAGGAUGGAAGUGCCCUUCAGCAACGAGGAGGAAGGAGUUUUAAUGAUCGACUAAUGUGCUCGGUGACAGUAGAUACAGCGCCGGAGGUGAAGCUGGGGAUCGUCUCUGAUGAUGAGAUUCCAGACGUGGCAGCAACUGAAGAGGUCUGCGCCAUGGAGGUGUCCGCCGUUGACACAGAGAUGGAGGUGGCGGCUUCAGUUGUCUUAAAAAUUAAACACACGAAUGUAUGCUAUAAUGCAGGAAUUAACCUUUUGCUGCCUUAAAGAAUGAAGAUUAAUACUAUCCUCCGUCCUAUAAUUCUUGCAACAGUUUGAUUUUCACGGUUGUCAAUGCACAACUUUGACUGUAAUUAUAUUUAAUUAUGUAUUAGUAAACGUUAUAAAAAGUUGAUAUUUUAGAAAUUCACAUUGAUAAGAGUUC